CGGAAGGCGGGCGGUCGCGGCGAGCCGGCUGCCCUGGUCGGCGGGGCCUGCCGGGAGCAUGGCUGCCAGGGAGGCGGGUGGCGUGGUGCUCGGCAAGUCUGCCGAUAAGCUCUUCUCUCUGAGCGGGCUGUUCGCGGUGUACAAGCCCAAGGGGCCCACCUCGGCCGGCGUGCUCAACCUCCUGAAGGAGAGGCUGCUGGCAGAAGCUGGUGUGCAAACAAAUGGGAACAAAAGAAACCAGGUUUUGAAAAUUGGACAUGGUGGAACUUUGGAUAGUGCAGCAGCAGGCGUUCUGGUGGUUGGUAUUGGAAAAGGAACAAAAAUGCUGAAAACUAUGUUGGCAGGUUCCAAGAAGUACACUGCCAUUGGACUGCUGGGCAAAGCUACUGAUACAUUAGAUGCUACAGGAAAAGUAACUGAAGAAAAACCUUAUGACCAGAUAACAAAAGGAGAUCUUGAAAAUGUGCUGCAAAAGUUCACAGGGGACAUAAUGCAGGUUCCUCCACUCUAUUCUGCUUUGAAGAAGGAUGGAGAAAGGCUAUCAACUCUGAUGAAGAGAGGAGAAGCAGUCAAAGCAAAGCCUGCUCGGCCAGUGAGAGUGUACAGCCUCUCUCUCCAACAGUUCCAGCCACCGCUAUUCACACUGGAUGUUGAAUGUGGUGGUGGCUUUUAUGUCAGGAGUCUGGUCAGUGACAUUGGCAAAGAACUCUCUACCUGUGCCACAAUGCAAGAGCUGACCCGAACCAAACACGGGCCAUUUACGCUAGAGGAGCAUGCCCUUUAUGAAGACAAAUGGACAAUUGAUGAAAUUGCACGAUCCUUAGAGCAUUGCACGUCUCUUCUCCCGGGAGAGCCAUCUCAUAAAAAAUUGAAGACAGAGCAUCCUGGUGAAACUGCUGUGAGCUGUGAAGAUAAGUGAUAAGUUGGGUCAAGGAAAAAGACUGAAUGAUUGAGACAUUUUAAGAUUGGAUUGGGAUUGUCUUGCCUCCUGUGUAAAUUUACAAGUCUGUCCUGGGAGGGUGACAAACUGCAGUGCAAGAAAAAUGGUUCUUUUGUUUUCUGGAAUUAGAACAUGCACUGAAAAUAUCCAGCACUUGCUGUUUCCUGAUCUUUUUAUUUUCCUUCUUGCACACUGUAAAUGGGUCUGCCACUGAUGUCAAAUCUUUCGCAAACUUUUAAAGAACUUGUAGGGUGCAAUAUAGCCAUUGCUGCCAAUUCCUCAAUAAAAAAUUAUAAACAUUAAGGUUUGAUAAAUGUGCUCAAAAAAAAAAAAUCUUUUUUAUUUUCCCUGUAGCUGGUAAUCAAACCCUGAAAUACCAUGAUGACAAGACUGUCAUAGCUUGAAGGAUACAAGAAUGUGGUGUAGCAAUUUGCUUUCUUGGAAUCCAUUUCAGGAUAUGUCCAUUUUACUGCAGUUUUUCCUAGGCAGAUUGUUCUUUUAGUCAGAUGUUAUCCAGAAUGCAUUAAAUGUAGAUGCUAAUAUUUUAUGUUAAGUCUGAAAUAUCAGUGUAAGUGAAUAGGUUUAAGUGUGAACAAUCCCCCAAGAUAACUGUUUGAUAACAAAUGCUCUGAAGAAUGCAGUUGUCGUUACAGGUGUACAUAUCUUAUUCUGGUACAAUGUCCCAGUUGGUGGCCAUCCAUAAUUUGAAGCAUAGUUAACUGUUAAGCCCUUUGUAGGGCUUAUCGAAUUUACUUUUGCCAUCUGUGUACUGCUUGAGCUGUCUCUCGUGGGUGGGGUAGAAAACUGAUGUGUUUCUGGGCUUUGACUGAUUUGGUCCGUACAACUUCCAGUCAGCACAAGAGAGGGAUCCACCAUCAAUGAUCCUUGCUGAAACCGUUUUAAUUCACUGAGGCAGUGAGGGCCUGUUCCGCAUUUCAGGUAGUCAGCAGAACUUGAUUGCACUGAUUUUUUCUCACCAUUGCUUCCCUUGGGAUUUUCAAAAUGACUACAAGACAGUGGUUGCAGAAUACUAAAAAGCACUCUGGUUUGUUCCCAUGGGUGUAAUGGACUAUCCUAAAAGGUCUUCCCUAUGUGUCACCCUAUAAAUUAGUAGUGUCUCUACUUUCUUCUUGUUGUAAUGAGGAACACGAAGAGUAGUUUAAACAUGUGAUAAUCUGAGAGAAAGCCCUGCUUUCGAAACUGUCACUGAAAUGUCACCAAAGAGGAACGGACUGGCUGCUGUUAAGAGUUCUGUGCGGCCACUGGCCGAGUGGCCUGCUGUGGCUUUGUACAACUCCUACACCUUUGGGUUUUGGCUCUGGAGUACAGGGACUUGACUUUCUUACUCUUGAGUGACUGAAUGCCAAGAGUUUGUGCUUAUAUUAGGGUGUAACUUUUACAGAGAGACAUGAAAAUUUGAUUUAAUACUCUGUGUUAAUGGACUUGGUACUUUCCAUGGUAAGUUAUCUUGGUGGCUAAUUACCUCUAUUUCUUAAAAGAAGUUGUGUUUUAUUCCCAACUUGACUUGAAUCUCCACAUGCUGCAUGUUAUGUCUUUGCGCCUUACAAAAAGCAAUUUCUCCGUGUGCCAGUAUUAAGUGAAAUGAUCAAGUUCUAACCUUACUUUCAGCCUAAGAAAUGAAAUAAAUAUCCUGAAGUUUCUCAUU